CAUAUCUGAGCGUAAACAGCCGUUGGGACAUUUAAAGAGCUCUGCUGCGAAGCCUUCCUAUGGUGCAGGGAAGCUCCCCGUCUUUGGAGGAAGAUCUCUCUCUCCUCGCUUCUCUGGACCUGAGCAUUGGUUCUGGUUCUGCUCCAGGACUGCAGCUCCCUCCAGGUGUGUCUCAGGUGGUCCACCCUGUAUUAUGCAGCAUGAGCCUGCAGGGCCUUGGCCAGUGUUUCUGCUCUGUGAGCGACGAGCCGGCCUGACGUCCCGGGAAGCUUGCGGCUCUCAGAACUUUGCGGAGACUCUUCCCACGGAGAUGAGCGUGAGGAUCUUCAGAGAGCUGGACGCAGAGAGCCUGUGCAGAGCCUCCAGGACGUGCAGACUGUGGCGCUCCAUCAUCGAUGACAGCGAGCAGCUGUGGAGGCAGCAGUGCAUGCUGGUCCGGGCCGUCUGUCGCCGGGAGGUGGACAGCGACCGCAGCGACGGCCUCUCCUGGAAGGUGACCCUUCUGAGGAACUACAGCCGCAGCCGGGUGAAGGCGGCUUGGCUAGCCGGCCGCUACAGCGGCGUGCGCUCUGCAGACGAGCUGCUGGGCAGCAAAAUGGCGCCGCUGGACGCAGAGACCUGGGGGGAGAUCCUGCAGGCGGAGCUCGACAGAUGAUGAAGAGGAUGAUGAAGCACUUCGCCCUGAUUUUGACUCUAACAUGUUUUUUUUUUCUCUGAGUUCAUUUUAAUGCAACACAAAUACUGUAUAUAUAUUUAAUGCUUUUUAAAGGAAUCUGAUCAUGGUGGAUUAAUUUGGUGUAAAUAUAUGUGAUCUGGAAUCUG